AGGAGGCAGCGCUCAGUGCUGGGAAUUCACGUCAUUUCGCCACUUAAAUACCCAAAUCAAUGAGCACUGCGUUGUCCGCCUUUCAGCGUCUGUCUUCCAGGAAGAAACUAGUAUAAUCAACACAUCGCAAAAUGUAGCCCGUCGCACCAGGAGGAUAACAAAGAAGUUACGUUUGUCUUCGACGUGCACGACCGUUUAACCGAAAUAUACACAUUAAACUUGAGUGCGACUCCGAUGGAAACCAGUGCAAGUACUGGAGUCGGAUGCGGAUGAUUUUCUGGGUUAUUUCAAGGAAAAGACGGGGGAAGGAAAGUGGGAAAAGCAGAACUUCCUGGAUUGACUGAGACAUGUCCGAAUCCCCGUUGCAGAAUAAAAUUAAGCAGGAGAGGAUCUCAUUCAGUCCUUCAGCCAGCCCCGUGCCAAACUCCACUUCCUCCCCUCUUCAUGUUCCAGCACCUCGGCAGGCCGGCAGGAUGGAAGGAGAGCCAGGGAGCCUGCCUGCACACCUGCCAGGUCUGCAGCCGGUCUUCUGGAGCAGGGAGGACGUGUCUCAGUGGCUGAAGUGGGCGGAGAGGGAGUUCUCCCUCCACCCCAUCGCCAGCAGCACCUUCCAGAUGAACGGCAAAGCCCUGCUGCUGCUCACCAAGGAGGACUUCCGAUACCGCUCACCUCACUCCGGGGAUGUCCUGUACGAGCUGCUCCAGCACAUCCUAAAGCAGAGGAAGUCCCACUCCUUCUACCCCUUCUUUCCCGGGAACUCCUUCCACUCGCCACCGGAGGGCGCUGUGCAGCAGCUCAAACUUGAAGAAACGGUACGGCGAGCGCCCCGCGGUACGGAGCCCCUCCCUCUCCACACCCCCACCAUCGAGCUGCGGCAUCGCCCCCGCUCGCCGCUCCGCCCGGACGCCGCCGCCCGGGAGGACCCCCCGCAGGCGGCCUCGCAGCUGCCCGACAGCAACCACCACCCGGAGGAGCCGUACCCGCUGAGCGUGUCGCCGGCCGAGCGGGGGAACGGGCGCUGCGCCACGCCCCACGAGGCGCCCCGCCCGGGCAGCCCCUGCCCCGAGGGCCCGCGCGUCAUCCAGCUGCUGCCCAGCGCCAUCAUGCACCCGCUGGUCCUCGCGCCCCGCGCCGGCCCCGUCGACUUUCGGGGGGGCGCGCGCGGGGCCCCCGAGAACGGGCGCGAGUCGGGCGGCGGGGGCGCGGGCCGGAACCUGGCGCCGCACCACCGCGAGGACCUGCUGUACCGCAACCACAUCCUGAUGCCCAUGUCCCCGCCCGACGAGCAGGCCCUGCCCAUGGGACGCAUCGCGGAUUGCAGGCUGCUGUGGGACUAUGUGUAUCAGCUCUUGUCUGACAGCCGGUACGAGAACUACAUUCGCUGGGAGGACAAGGAAACCAAAGUGUUCCGGAUCGUUGAUCCCAACGGUCUGGCUCGCCUGUGGGGCAAUCACAAGAACAGGACCAACAUGACGUAUGAGAAGAUGUCCCGGGCCCUGAGGCACUACUACAAACUGAACAUCAUCAGGAAGGAGCCGGGCCAGCGGCUGCUGUUCAGGUUUAUGAAGACCCCAGAUGAGAUCAUGAGCGGGCAGACGGACAGGCUGGAACACCUGGAGUCCGAUUUGGACGAUACCAUGUACGUGAAGGAGGAAUGCUGAGGGGCGCGGAAGGUGCCAGAAGACGAUCAGGAACCCCGGUCCGGUACCUGGCCCGGCGGUAGAAUUUUUAAAAACCCAUCGUUCUGCACCGGUGACCUCCCGGAAAAGCCUGAGGUCUCGGUCUGGCUCUUAAAAUCCAGGGACCUUGAUUGCGUACCGCGGGUUUUUGACUGAGUGGGGGGAGGGGGGGGGCAGGUUUUACUCGUUUGAUCAAGGUUUUUUUUUUUUUCCAAAGGAAACGGGGCCAGAAAUGUUUUUAAUUCAACAUUCCUAACGAAACGUUCUGAGUUUCCAUGACGAUGGAAAAGCUCUCUCUUCGAUCGGGAUUUUUCGGUGUGGGGAUUUUAACGUAAGCCUUACUCGCUGCCUUCCUGUGCAAAUAAACAUAAGGGAGACUUUAAAAGACCUUUAUCGAUACAGGGCAGAACUCUUUUAGGUUCAGCGAAAUUGGCAGGUUUUAUUUUUUUUCCCUUUCUUCUUUUAAUGGGCUUGAUUGCUGAUUUUCUUGUGGGAGAAAUGGGACAUGUUCUUACCGAGCGCUUGUCUUCGUAGAAGAGAGGCACGCCAACGAAAGGUUAAAUACAAAUACCAAGAGAGAAAAAAAAAAAGGACUGUUGUUGGUCUCUUAUUUCCUCCUCCUUUUGCCGGAGGCUUCCGGAAACUUCUGUAAGUCUACCUGUUUCUAGUUCCACAGAGCUUUGACAGACAACCCGCUGUACUGAGUUUGCCUGUGUCUGUGGUGGCUGCACGUGGCCUGACCUCGCCUCCUCCCAGAUCAAACUUUAUAGUCACAUUCUUAAUGAGGGCCAGAAUGUGGGGAGCUUGAGGUGGUUUUUGUGAAUGUCAUAAUUCUUUAGGGAUGUUGGCAGGUUUGAAUCCCAGGUUUGGGCGUUUGUACCCUUGAGUAAGGUACCUAAGCCUGGACUGCUUCAGUGCAUGUCCAGCUGUAUAAAUGCACUCUGUAAUAAUGAAAUCUGUGCGUGUUGCUCUGGAUAAGGUGCGUAUACUGACAGAAUGACCAGCCUAGGAGGCUCCUGUGGGAGAAGCAGUGAAGUGCAAGGUGUUGUGCUUUCAAACACACCUGAGAAUCUUGCUGAAGAACAAUUUAUUUAAAACACAGAAUGCCAACAUUGGUAUGAACACUAUUUCCACUUGGUACAAAUGGUACUUCAUUCAUUUUUUGUUAAACUGAUAUAAUGUCUCUUGCUCCUUCCUCUGGAGUUUUUUUUU